AGAGGGAGAGAGGGAGGCGAUGAGAGGAAGCUGCAAUAAACACACAGGGCGUCUGCGCCUCCCUAAGUAGGACAAUAAAGUGAGGACGGCAUCAAUGCUCUAACAAUGGAUUUAUCAGACAUGCUUCUUCUCAAAGUUUUCCUCUUCGCCUGCUUACUGAACUACAGCCAAGGACACUACAGAAACCCACUGAACAAGUACAUCCGUCACUAUGAAGGCCUGUCCUACGACACAGAGCUUGUGCACAGCAAGCAUCAGAGGGCCAAGAGGGCACUCAACCACGAAGACAAGUUCCUUCAUUUAGAUUUUCAUGCCCAUGGAAGGCAUUUUAAUUUACGGAUGAAGAGGGACAACACCUUGUUUUCCCCAGAUUUAAAGGUAGAUGUUUCAGGAGAAGAGAUUCCUUAUGAUACGGCUCAUAUCUACACUGGAGAAAUCUAUGGAGAGAAAGGUACCCUUACUCAUGGCUCCAUUGUGGAUGGUAAGUUCGAGGGCUUCAUUCAGAGCUACCAGGGCAACUACUACGUGGAACCUGCAGAGAGAUACUUGGAAGGCAAAGAUGUGCCUUUCCACUCUGUCAUUUACCACGAAGACGAUAUACACUACCCGCACAAGUACGGCCCAGAAGGAGGCUGUGCUGAUAGCUCAGUGUUUGAUAGGAUGAAGAAGUACCAAACAUCUGCCAUGGAGGAGCCACCCAAGGAGCUCCACUCUGAGGCGGGUUUUAAUGAACCUGUACUGCUGAGGAAGAGGAGGAUGGCGCAGGCUGAGAAAAACACCUGCCAGCUUUUUAUUCAGACCGACCACCUCUUCUUCAAGUACUACAAGACCAGAGAGGCUGUCAUUGCUCAGAUCUCCAGUCACGUCAAGGCCAUUGAUGCCAUUUACCAGGGCACUGACUUUAUGGGCAUCCGCAACAUCAGCUUCAUGGUGAAAAGGAUCAGGAUCAACACCACCAAUGUCGAUAGGGACAGGUCCAACCCAUUCCGCUUUUCCAACAUCGGUGUGGAGAAGUUCCUGGAGCUUAACUCUGAGCAGAACCAUGACGACUACUGCCUCGCUUACGUUUUCACCGACAGAGACUUUGAUGACGGAGUGCUGGGCCUGGCCUGGGUGGGAGCCCCCUCAGGGAGCUCUGGAGGCAUCUGUGAAAAAAGCAAGCUCUACUCUGAUGGAAAAAAGAAAUCUCUCAACACUGGUAUAAUCACUGUACAGAACUAUGCCUCCCACGUACCUCCCAAAGUCUCCCAUAUCACUUUUGCGCAUGAAGUAGGACACAACUUUGGCUCCCCGCACGACUCUGGAUCUGAGUGUACCCCAGGGGAAUCCAAGAGCCAAGACAAGAAGGAGAAGGGCAAUUAUAUCAUGUAUGCAAGAGCCACAUCAGGAGACAAGCUCAACAACAAUAAGUUCUCCAUCUGCAGCGUUCGCAACAUCAGCCAGGUGCUGGAGAAAAAGAGAAGCAACUGCUUUGUCGAGUCUGGUCAGCCCAUAUGUGGUAACGGUCUGGUGGAGCCAGGAGAGGAGUGUGACUGCGGCUACAGUGAUCAGUGCAAGGACCAGUGCUGCUACGAUGCCAACCAGGCCGACAACAAGAAGUGCAAAAAGAAGCCUAACAAAGUUUGCAGUCCCAGCCAAGGUCCUUGUUGUACACAAGAGUGCUCUUACAAGGGUCGUAACGACAAGUGCAGAGAGGAGUCCGAGUGCGCUCACCAGGGCAUGUGCAACGGAGUCAGUCCUCAGUGCCCCACGUCCGAGCCCAAAGCCAACUUCACCGCCUGCCACGGAGAGACACAAGUCUGCCUCAACGGGGGCUGCUCCGGUUCCAUCUGUGAAAAGUAUGGGCUCGAGGCGUGCACCUGUGCCAGCCAGGAUGGCAAGGACGAAACGGAGCUCUGCCACGUGUGCUGCAUGGAGAAGAUGAAUCCUAACACGUGCAGCAGCACCGGAUCAGAAAAACUGGCUCGUUUCUUCAACAAGAAGGUGACCACCCUCCCAGCCGGCUCGCCUUGCAACGACUUCAAGGGUUACUGUGACGUGUUCAUGAAAUGUCGUCUGGUGGAUGCAGACGGGCCGCUCGCCAGGCUAAAGAAGGCCAUCUUCAACCCUGAGCUCUAUGAGAACAUUGCAGAGUGGAUCGUGGCUCAUUGGUGGGCAGUGUUGUUGAUGGGCAUUGCCCUCAUCAUGCUCAUGGCUGGAUUUAUUAAGAUCUGCAGUGUGCACACACCGAGCAGUAACCCCAAACUCCCCCCUCCCAAACCACUUCCAGGCACUUUGAAGAGGCGGCGAGCGCAGCAGCAAGCUAACUCCCAGGUGCAGCACCAGUCUCAGCACGCCCACCCGCACGGCCAUGCCGGGCAUGGGGCCCAGCGGCAGCCGGCGAGGCAGCCAGCGAGGCAGCCGCAGCCCCAGAGGCACCACCGUCAGCCCAGAGAGAACUAUCAGAUGGGCCAGAUGAGACGCUGAGGCCCUGUGGACACCGCCCCCCCACCCCCGCCCCACCCACACACCUCCCCCCAAUGCCUUGGCUCCUCCUUGUGCCUACAGUGGGAAACAAAAGCGUCACUCCAUCCAAAGAAAAAGCCUGACAUGGUUGUUAGUCACCACCAUAUCCUCCAUCUACAGACAAAACGGACACGUGGAAAAGAGAAAACACUAUCUAGCAGCUCAAUUGGCUCUUUGUGGAGUUGACUCGACCAUCAGCCAUUUCCAAUGCAGUGCGAUCUAGCAUCUCCACAUUUUUUUUCUUUCUUCUUUCUUUCUUUUUUUUGAAGGAGUGCCAAGGAGUUAAGGAAUAAUGUGUAGCUUUAGUACAUUCUGUGACGUGUUUUAUUUUAAUUUUAAUUUUUUUAUUUCUUUUUCCGUUCUAUUGCAACGUCUUUUUGAGUGACACACCCUUGGCUGCUGGUUAAUUGUUCUGUGCUUUUAAUUUGACACUCAAGCCAGAAAUGAGAGACACUCCGAGAGGAUUUGCGGCACUUUUUGUGAUUUACACAUGUCAAACGGCAAAAGACACAGGCUCCGCUCUCUUGUGCAGACAGUCUUCUGCAUGUGACUGUACAUAUUUAGUGUAUCAUAAGUGAAAACAAACUAUUUCUUCUACUGUAAAUGUGUACUUCUUCACUUUUAUUUCUUUUAAUUGUUUUGGUUAGUGCUCUCAGGACUCUUUAACACAUGAAUGAAGGGUCGAUGGUUGUGGGGAGUUCCUUGGAUGCCGCUGCCGAGGAUUUGAGGCCGUCGAGUUCUCCCCGGCGUCGUCCAGUCAGGUGGAGCUCCCUCACAUUUCGAUUGCGGAAGUUUCAGAUUUGAACAACAAGGUCACCAUAUCCCCCAUUCCAGGCCUUGUCUGUUUAAGGUCCCCUUUUCUCCAUCUUUUUUUUUUUAUUUAUUUUUUUUUUAACUGUCUUGCUAACAUCACAUUUUUCUCAUGUCGCAUAACAAGCUAGAUGAGGUUUGGAAUCACGGGAACAGAAAGGGAAGGUACACCUUAUUAUUGUCUUUACUGUUUUUGAUGAAGAAGAACGAAUAACCACUAAAUGAAGCUAAAGAGGAUUCUACCUGUUCAGCUAUAUUAAAACAAGGGAAAAUGAAGACUGCUUAGUUUAGAAAUGAGAGUGUAUCAUGUUUCAGAGUUAGCUUACGUUGGUGUGGAAGUAAAUUGAAAAAUGACUCCGGUGUGGAUGUACAAAAAAAAAUGUAAGAUGAAAAACAUUCUAUUAUUCUUCAAGAUAGCGAAUCUAAGAACUUUUCAAUGUGGGCAUGCGGACACAUUUAUUAAAUGUGACUAUUAAUUGACCAAGGUCUGUAAUGUUUGUAUGUCACUCAACACUAUUUACUUUGACAAAUAUUAAUGUUAGUCUUAAAACAAAGUGGAAGGAGCCGUGUAUCGCAGCAGUGUUGUUACAUUAUUCACUAACACAUUCCUCUGUGUGUUCACUAGAUUCACAGGAGACGAGCAGCUGUUAUGUUUUUGUUUUCUUUUAAAAACUCAACUGCAGUUUUCUCCUGGUCACAUCGCCUCAUGGACUGAAUCCUAUACGAGCCCGUGAGCGCAGGCCCUAAUGUGAGUUUACAUCAGCGUGCCAUAAAACUUUAUAAAAGCUGAUUUUUGCGCAGAGAAUGCAUCUGUCAAGGUUUCUGGAGACACUUUAAACGGAAGAAAUGAAGAAGAUUCGAUUGUUUCUGUGGGAGGAUGUGUUUUCUUCUUCCUCUCGGUGCAGGAAGUGGAUCCGGGAAAAGCUUUCGAAACCAGUGGAGAGGAUUUGAUCAAUCUGGUCAUGAUCCAUUAUGCAGAAUCUCGUGAUUUAUUUAAGAUGCAAAUGUUUGACACACCAAAAAUAAUUUGGCGUGUGGAUUUGCACAAGCAUUCAAAUGCAGGGCUUUGCAUUAUACAUUUCUGCUCGGACAUGGCGUCAUCGUUAUUAUUUUUCAAUGCAGGCACUGCGAAUCUGAAAUAACAUCGAUCACCACGGUCCUGAUGGUCGUAGUCAUCAUUCGCGUGCUCUAGAGGGGGACAUGAAAAUACUGUGUCUCGCCAUUCAAUUAAUUUCACAUGGCAGGUGAUUCAGGCAGGUCGGCUGUUGCUACAACUCUUUACGUCUGUACAAAAUGGAGCUCUUUUUAAAUUUCACCGUCUAGGCUGCGCCGCGCCCGUUGAGCCUAUAAAACCCUAUGUGUAAAACUUGUACAGUACUUCGGAAAAAUUUGGAUUUCAUUUGAAGAUGAAAAACGACAUUUUGAUACAUCAGUUUCAUUUUUUGUAUUUCUAAUUCCAGAGUAAAUUGUUCAAAGAUGUUCAUAUGUGACAAACUCUCCUAAGUUAUUUAUGUUCUUUCUAUGUGCUAGUUGAACUGGUUUGCUUACGAUGAUACUUUUUCUCCACCGUCAUCAAUGGGAAAAACAAAUUCAGUGUGAUGGAGUCAAUGUUACAUUCUCAUUUUUGUCUUCGUUAUCCUGUGGCAUGGUAUGGGUAGACGAGCAGAAGAAAAUAAUGCCUGUAAAUUUACUUUUUCUUUUUAAUUUCGUAGUCUUGGUAAAGUUUUUAGAUAAACGUGCACUGAAAAUGUCCAAAUUGAGUUGAAAUGUGGUAGGUGAUGUAGGCCGAAAGAACACAAGAUUAAAAAGUAAUACUACUGUCUGAUUUUAAUGUUCACUGUGUUUUAUACAGUAUCGGAAAUUUUUGUUCACUUUGAACAUUUUUACUAAAAAAAAAAAAAAAAAUUCAAAUUGUAUUGUGCAAAGAGAUGUAAUUUUUUGGAGUACUUGAAAUGCAUUAAUUAAAAGACUCAUUCAAAAAUAAAAUAGACCCCUGUUUACUGUCUGUAAAGUGUGCAGUCUUUGGUUUUCCUUGUUUGUUUGAUGCAGUUUUAGUCGUGUGUUCUGAGGUCUGAUUUAAAACAAGAUCAUGAAUUAACAGCAGCUUGUGUUACAAACUGGAGUGAGCUUUUAAAGAUGUGGACAUUUUCACAGACGGGACCUUGUUGGAUUUCAGUGUUUUUGUAACAAAUUGGGAUUAAAAGUUCAAAUAUUUCUCCUGCAAU